AUGGAUUACAUAGAAAACCUGCUGGCCGCUCGUUCAGCAUUUACAUUUGACGAGCAAAUUCGAUACCUUGGCUGGGCAUUACUUUUUCUUUGGAUGUUUUCGAUUACCUACAUGACACGAGAAUUUUGGUUUCCAGCAGCUUUCGGGAGGUUAUCUGAAAACGAACGACCACCACCAGCCAAGCGGAAACCCGACCUCAACAGCGAAACACGUUCCAAUUACACAAAUCACGAUCUACGACUACUCGCUGAUGUAAGUAGAAAAAAAUGUGAACAGUACUUGCUGGAGAAGAGAAGAUUUUCUACAAACGACUAG